AUGACAGUGACACAGUCUUGUCAUAGUUUGCGAUUUGCGUGUCGAACAUCAAAGAACGAAGAGAACGAUCGAUUAAAUCUUCGCGAAUUGCCGUCAAAAGCAUCCUAUUAUUAUCAACAACCGGUUGUUAAUAAACAAAUCAUUGAAGCAAAAUUACUUACUAGAGAGGCUGAUCAGACUGCUACGUCUCAACAUAUUUCAAAUAUUGAAUCUUCUAUAUCACGUCAACGUUUGAAAAAACAUGAGCCGCAAGUAACUUUCGAAGAAAAGCAUUCGAGUGAGGGUGAAAAGCCUGAUUGUAAAUUCAAUGAAAAAUUUUGGCGUCUAAUGUAUUGUGCUGACAACAGGAAGGAAAAUAGUACGCCACGAAUUGUAAGAGUCAUUCGACAGAAUAGCAGAAAAAUCGAACCUAAAGCAGAUCGAUCGGCAAUAUCCGAUCAACCGCGAACUGGAAAUAGUAAAAAUAGCGUCGUCGUCCUUUAUCACGGAAGAUCCAGCAUUCCUCCAUCUUCUUCCUCGAAGACUCUCGUGCAACUUUCGAAAUCCGAUCAAACAGUGAUAAAAUCACCGUGCAUAUCGCCAUCGAAAGUAGCAAAUUCCGCAUCACCUGACAAGAUAAAGAUCAUAGAAACUCCGGAAAGUUUGUCCCCGAGAUAUCCGCUACGUCGUCGAAGAACUACUUCCAGAAGAUAUCGUCGUGAAUCGAGACAACAGCAUUCUUUAAAUGUAAAUAUUUAUCACGCGAAUCGAGUUGAACGAAUUGUGUCACCGCUGCAACGUCAUCAUUGGACUGCAUCUAAAAAGCAAACGGAAAUAGAUCCCAUCUAUAAUAAAUCGAAAUGUAUAGCCGAGUCUAGUACAAAUCCCGUCAAAUUUCAAGAUAGGAAAAUUAUUUAUCAUACCAACGAGAACACAAUUAAUCAAAGAUCACAGAAGUGCAUCAAAGAGGAGGGACUUUGGAAGAAACAAUGCUCGUCGAUUGAAGCUGCUGCUUCGAAAUUUAUGGAUCAUUGUCCAAAACAAGUUGAAGACGUCAAAAACCAGAAGCAAUCAUCGCUUCGCUCAAACAUAGAUUUUCCGAUGCAACAAAUACAAAAGUAUCCUGAGGAAACGAACGUUAAUUCUACAUUUAUUUGCGUGAACGAGAAUAACGAAGUGAGUCGUGUGUUUCCCUUUCGAGCUACACCUAGUGGUAAUCUCAAGAUCACCCCGAACCAGGUUGUUUUCGAGUCGAAGAAAUUUAGCGUUCUAGUUGCCGAUCCGCGACGCACGAAGGUUAACGUUAAGGCUGAACUUAAUCGAUCCGGUGACGACGGUACAUUUGAUUCCUCGAAUCAGACGAGAUAUAUUGAUCUUCCCCCUGGCGUCACGUCAUCAACCAUCGAUCAGUUGCAGGCUAAAAAGAAAUUACCUUAUAUCGAAGCAAGGUACAGAUCACGAACGCAGUCAAACACGAAAUUUAAUUUAUCAAAAAUGGAAUCGGUACAACCAACAUCUUAUCAAUUACCUCCAAUGAACGAAGUACCUCUCGCCUCAUUAGGGAUUACGAAUGGGCAUCCGAUCAAUUGGGACAAUAUAAUUCUUCCAGAGAAAACUGAUUUGUAUCAAGAAUUAGCUAGACGUAUCACAAAUUACAAAAAUGCCGACUGCAUUGUCCGAAUUGAUCCCGAUGAGUAUUAUUGUCAUCUACUUGUCCUGCAAAGUUACAGCACAUUCUUUGAUGAAAAAAAUUACAAGGAUAUUAACUUAUCCGGUAGUAGUGUGACUUCCAAGGCUUUUUCUAUUAUUUAUGAGUGGAUGAUAAGUCCAAUUAACGAAAGUUAUCAAUUAUUACGAAGAGAUAAUAUUUUGGAAAUCUUCAUGGCUGCGCAAUAUCUUGGUAUUAAAGAGUUAGAAGAACAAUGCUGGGCAUUCAUUGAUAAUGACGAGCUUUUCUCCGAAGAUACUGCCUUCUUGUUAUAUUUGGAAGCAAAAAAGAUUGGAAACACUGCGGUAAUGGAACUGAUGGUGCCGAGAAUCAUGAAAUUCUUCUUGUUGCUUGUUAGCACAAAAGAUUUCUUGGAAUUGUCAGUGGAUGAAUUGUGCUUAUUAUUGAAAUCCAAUUAUAUUUGCGUUAAUAGCGAAAUAGAGGUUUUAAUGUCUGCGGUGAGAUGGUUGAUGCAUGAUUGGAAUGAAAGGAAGCAACACAUGUUGGAAGUGCUCAAGUGUGUUAGAUUUGGGCUUAUAGCUCCUUGGCAAUUGGUAGAUGUCAAAAGGAAUCCUGAAAAUCCAGAAUUUAUGGAAUUAAUGGCUUAUCCUGAAGUGCAAAAAAUGGUGGAUGAUGGGCUUGCGUUUGUCAUUAUAAAAUAUUGGUAUGGUAAUCAAACGGAAGAUUAUUAUCAUUGGAUCGAUUUACUUGGGCUCAGCGAACCGAUUAAUCGCAACUGGGUAGGACAAGACAAAAAUUAUGUUACGUAUCGUGAGUUUCUUUUGUAUCUCGAAGAAUAUCAAAAAACAAACAUUUCUGAGCUAAAAACACGAAAUAUGCAAAUACCGACUCCUCCUAAUUCUCCUCCUAAAGAUUGCUCAUCGUUAUCACCGGAAAGAACAGAACAAUAUAGCACAGCACAGAUUAGAGCACCAAAAAAAAACGUUCCAAAAAUCUCAACCUCAUCGGGCAUAAUGAUCCCUUCCGAAAUCUUGACACAAUGUUUCAACAAUAUGGGCAAAAGUGAUAAUAUAAGAACGAAUAAAACGCAAUGCAAUACAAAUAGAAAUAGUAUGCUUGUUGUUCAAAAUUCAAAAUAUCGUGGAGCAGGUGAAUCGCCAGGAAAAUCUUCAGAUUUUUUAAACAACGAAAAACAUAUAUAUAAACAUCAGCGUGAGAUUUCGAUGCUAAAAUAUGAAGAUCGACAGCAGAAAAAUGUUCCGGAUAUUUAUAAUUGCAAACAAUGGGAACAAAAUGCAAUAUUAUACACAAAAGAACCACAAAAGUUGUCGAAAAAAUUAAAAUAUACUGAGGAUCAUACUGAUUCGGCUAAAUCAGAAGAAGAAGCGGCUACGAUGAUACAGGCUACAUAUAGAGGAUAUAAAGUUAGAAGAAAAUUUAACGAAAUUAAGAAAUCAUCUUUGGAAAAAAAGCAAAACGCUCAAAAAGUGGCUGAGUUGUUAUCGAUGCCCACAAAUCAAUGCGCCUGGUCAAUCCAUAGAUCAUUAAAUCCAGUCAAAACGUGCAGCUGUGUUACAAAUCAAAACAAAAAUGCAUUACAUCAUAUUUAA